AUGGCAGAUGUGGUGAAAUCGCUCUCACGCGAUGAAAAGCCGCCAUCGGCCGUCGAGCACGAUGCUCCAGCCGAGGCAGGCGACAUGGAACUCUUGGCAACACUGGGCUACAAGCAGGAACUACGACGCCAUUACUCGACAAUCCAAAUCUUCGCCGUGGCAUUCAGUAUCAUGGGCCUACUACCCUCCAUCGCGUCGACACUGUCUUUUUCCAUGCCGGCUGGGCCUGUGGGGAUGGUUUGGGGCUGGUUGGCGGCGAGUUGUUUCAUUUUCAUUGUUAGUUUGGCGAUGGCUGAUAUGGCUUCCGCAAUGCCCACGGCCGGCGGCCUUUACUUUUGGACACACUACUACGCCGCAGAGAAAUGGAAGAACCCGCUCAGUUUCGUUGUGGGAUAUAGCAAUACCAUCGGGUUAAUCGGCGGUAUCUGCUCAAUCGACUACGGCUUUGCAAACAUGCUCCUCUCAAUGAUCUCCAUAACGCGCGACGGCACCUGGUCUGCAACACGCCCCGUAAUCUACGGCACAUAUGCCGCAACCGUCUUCGCACACGGGUUCAUAGCAAUCUUCUUCGCGCGGGUAAUGCCAAAGAUCCAAUCCGCCUGCAUCUUUCUGAAUAUCGCACUGGUAAUCGCAACCGUCAUCGCGCUGCCGAUUGGGAAAGCACAGAACAACCCGCCUGUCAACUCAGGCUCGUACGUCUUCGGGCACGUCGAGAACCUCACCUCCUGGCCGACGGGCUGGGGCUUCAUUAUGGCGUGGUUAUCACCCAUCUGGACGAUUGGUGCAUUCGACUCGUGUGUGCAUAUGAGUGAGGAGGCGACGCAUGCAACGCGGGCUGUGCCGUUGGGGAUUGUUUCUUCGUCGGGGCUUUGUGGGGUGCUCGGGUGGUUGUGUUUGACUGUUAUUGCGGCGAGUAUGAGUACGGAUAUCGAGGGGGUGCUUGGUUCGAGGUUUGGGCAGCCAAUGGCUCAGAUCUACUACGAUGCCCUCGGCAAAAAUGGCGCCCUCGGAUUCAUGGCCGUUAACGCAAUCGUUCAAUUCUUCAUGGGACUAAGCAUCGUGCUAGCCGCCUCCCGCCAAAGCUGGGCCUUCUCCCGUGACGGCGCCCUGCCUUUGUCAUCCUACUUCCGGAAAGUAAGCCAACACAGUCUAAUGCGCUACCAACCAGUGCGAAUGGUCUGCGGCGUAGUAACUGUCACCGCGAUCAUUGGCCUCCUCUGCUUAAUCGACAAUGCCGCCUCAAACGCCCUUUUCUCCCUCGCCGUCGCAGGCAACGACCUCGCCUGGCUAACCCCCAUCCUAGCGCGUCUCCUCUGGGGCGAGCAGAAGUUCGUGCCGGGCGAGUUUUAUACUGGCCGCUACCUCUCGAAACCUAUUGCGUGGGUUGCGGUCGUUUAUAUGGCUUUUGCGAUUGUUUUGUGUAUGAUUCCGACUGAGGGGCCUCGGCCUUCAGUAAAAAACAUGAAUUAUACGGUUGUCAUUAAUGGGGCACUCUGGCUUGGGGCACUGCUCUAUUAUGCGCUUCAUGCGAGGAAGACGUUUAAAGGGCCACAGACGACUGUUUCGCCGGAGGAUGAGGGGAAGAAGGUUGAGGAUUCUCAGUGA